UCGUGCUGUGUCCCCAGAGCGUCGUCGGUCCCGUUACCAUGCAGACGGUCCGUUCCACCUUGUUCUUCGCUCUCGUGUUCCACCUCCUCCUGUCCUUCCACAGCCCCCUGAGUCGUUCCUCACUGUGCUUCACGACCCGUUGUCCGACUACCUCCGUGCCUCCCAUCCUGUCGUCUCCCGUGUUUUGUCCGCGUUGGUCACUCACCCGACUGCACCUCUUUCGUCUGUUUCGGCACUUGUUACCACUGUCGCUGGCUUUGUCUCUUCCCACCGCCUUGACUACGCCGCUCACUUGGUGAGUGGCCCUGCUCGUUCUCCGUUCUCUGGGGGUGCUCCUGUUUUUCCCCUAGAGGUCCUCGAGGACAGGCAGUUCGAGCUUGGUUUUCUUACGGCCGCUGUUCCUCAUCUCUGCGCCAUGUUGCUUGCCCCUGAGGGGGAUCCAGACGCUCUUGACAUCCCGAUCCCUCACACUCACGCCGAGGCGGUAUCGGGACCCUGGGCUUCGUACAGAAUAGCAGCUGAGGAGGCAGAGAUGGCAUCUUAUAGGUCCACAGGCACUUACGUCGACGCAGUCCCACCACCUGCGACGAACGUCGUCAGUGGCCGAUGGCUCUACAAGGUGAAGCGGCCGCCUGGAUCACCACCUGUGUUCAAGGCACGCUAUGUGGCGAGAGGCUUCAGUCAGCGAGAGGGGGUGGACUUCUUCCAGACCUUCGCUCCCACCCCGAAGAUGAGUACUCUUCGGGUGUUGCUGCAUGUUGCAGCCCAGCGCGACUACGAGUUGCACUCCUUGGACUUCUCCACCGCGUUCCUUCAGGGGAGCCUGCACGAGUAG